AUGGAUGUGAAAGUGAAGUUUGGCUGGUAUGUGAUGGUGGAGAGUUUCUCCUUGAGAAGAAUGGAUGGAAAUUUGGCUUGGAGAUCUGAUUUUAGGCACACUGAUAAGAUUCGAUAUUUAAUGGUGAGGUACAAAGUGAGACACAAAACAUCAGUCAAUGAAGCAAAAGCACAAUCAGCUAAACAAAGUAUCGGAAUAAUGAUCGAUGACGUCAACUCACCUCUCUUCCGAUUCUUCCUCAGCCAGGAGGGAGGCUCCUCAGGUCAGAUUAGAGGAAGAGCAGAAGAGCAGAAGCCCAAGGAACAUAAGAGAGAGAAGCUUGGCAUGAUAAGCGAAGCGAUGUAUUGGUUUAGGAUUCUAAGCUCUUGA